AUGGCACCUGGUCGCGAAGGUGGAGGUGGUCGCAAAACCCUUCUUGCACCCAUUCAUUUUAUCUUCAGCCUUCUACAAAAGCGCUCGACGGUGUCAAUAUGGCUUUACGAAAACCUGCACACGCGUAUUGAGGGCAAAAUCAGGGGUUUCGACGAGUUCAUGAACCUCGUUAUUGACGACGCGGUCGAGGUACAAUUAGCUACGAGAGAUGCCCCAGAAAAGAGACGGCAGCUUGGACAAAUUUUACUCAAAGGAGACAACGUCUCGCUGAUACAAUCUUUGAGUUAA